AUGUCACUGCAUCACAUUGGAGAUGAUGCAUAUGAUUUGUAUACAUCCUUACCAGAUCCAGCAUCUUCAUCUUCCGAUAAUGAGUAUGACAAAGCAAAAUUGAAAUUAUCCAAUUACUUCAAACCCAAAAUCAAUGUUGAGUUUGAAAUAUAUAACUUCAGACAAGCUAAACAGUUACAUGGAGAAACCUUGGAUCAAUACUACGCUCGCUUGCUGAAAUUAUUCAAGAACUGUAACUUUGAUGACCAUAAGAAAGAAAUCAAGUCUCAAAUCAUUCUCAGUACUAACUCCACCCGGAUUAGGCGAAUUGCAUUAUCUGAACAAUUAACACUAGAAGAGCUUUUAGCAAAAGGCAAAACAUUUGAAACUACCGAUCAUCAACUUAUGGCUAUUGAACAGAAAGAAACAGUAAAUUUUUCAAAAACCAGCAAAGAAAGCAGGAAGGAUAGAAAAGAUAAUGGCUAUUUCAAGCACAAUAAACAAGAAAAGUCAAAAUGUCAAACUAGAAAUUUUGAAUCUGUCAAAGAAAAUAAAACGGAAAAAAUUUGCAGAAAUUGUGGCAAUAACUGGCAUAAUCAAGAUCCCAAGUUGACAUGCCCAGCAAGAAAUGCACAAUGUAGAGGAUGCGGGAAAAAAGGACAUUUUCAAAAACUUUGCAUUACUACUGGAAUGAUGAAAAUUCCUUCCAAACAGCAAACAAGGGCUAUAAUGAAUAAUCAACCAGAAAUUGAACUUUUGAAAGAUAAUGAAUCAUCGUCAGAAGAAGCAUUCCGAAUAAUUUAA